CCAUUACCUAGGAUAGAUGACCUCUUAGACCAGUUGAGAGGAGCUUCAGUGUUUUCUAAGAUAGACUUGAGAUCAGGGUACCACCAAAUUAGAGUUAAGAGCGAGGAUGUUCCAAAGACAGCCUUUAGGACGAGAUACGGGCACUAUGAGUAUGUAGUGAUGCCUUUUGGAGUGACCAAUGCCCCUGCCAUAUUUAUGGAUUAUAUGAACCGAAUCUUUAGACCCUUCUUGGAUAAGUUUGUGGUCGUGUUCAUAGACGACAUUCUGAUAUACUCUAGUAGUUUUGACGAGCAUGAAGAACACUUGCGGAUAGUUUUGCAAAUCUUAAGAGAUAAGAAGUUAUAUGCAAAACCUGAGAAAUGCGAGUUCUGGCUGGAGGAG